AUGUACUGCCUCAAAAUCCUGACAGAUGUAGAAAAACAAGGAUAUCUGUUUUAUCCUGGGCCUGAGCUCAAAGUGACAGAGCUCAGAGUGGAGGUUCCUGCAGAGAUCAUUGAGGGAGCAUCAGCUGUUUUAUUUUGUAGGACCACCUGUGACCUCUCAGGUCUGACCUUCAGAUGGUUUAAGGAGAAUCAAAGCUCAGCUGUUGGAUCUAGACAGAGUUUCAUCAUCUCCAGCUUCAACUCCAGUCACAGCGGACGCUACUCUUGUGAGGCUCAGAAUCAACACGGAUCUCAGAGAUCAGACUCUGUUUCAGUCGCUGUUGAAGAAAGCCGCUCAGCUCUGAUCUGGGUCGUGGGGGGGAUCUCUGCAGCUGUUGUCCUGAUGUCUGUGAUUCUGAUGGUCUUCAUCGGGCUCUUGAUCAGAAGGAAACGAGCGACUCCAUCAGAAGAGCAAAACCCCAGAGGAUCAGCACACAGUAAGACGCCGGGGGCUCCUGAGGACACCUACAUGACCCUUGACCCCAAGUCCAGAUGUUCUGAAUACGACACACUGGAUAAUAUGAAGAGAUCCUGUGAAAACACAGACGACCCUGAAGCUCAGGAGGCUGCGUAUGAAGACAUUGUUUAA